GGCGGACCCGGAGGCGGGGCUGUCUCUGCGGCAGGGCCCAGCUCGGCUUCCCCCGGUCUCUCUCUGUCUCUCCUCCUCCCUCCUGCUCCGGGCGGAGCCCGGCAUGGGGGGGCCGGCGCCCGGCAGGCCAGUGGAUCCGGGACCCAGGGAGGGCCAACCCCCGGGCCUGGUGGCACUGAGCAAGGCCCCCCAGCCCCCACCUCCCGCCCCACGACGACAUGAACCUUCUCUACCGAAAAACCAAGCUGGAGUGGAGGCAGCACAAGGAGGAGGAGGCCAAGAGGAGCUCCAGUAAAGAGGUGGCUCCCACAGGCCCGGCAGGGCCCGGAGCUGGUGCGGGGCCCGGGGUCCGUGUGCGGGACAUCGCCUCGCUGCGCCGCUCCCUCAGGAUGGGCUUCAUGACAAUGCCAGCCUCCCAGGAGCACACCCCCCACCCCUGCCGCAGUGCCAUGGCCCCGCGCUCCCUCUCCUGCCACUCAGUGGGCAGCAUGGACAGUGUGGGGGUUGGGCCUGGGGGUGGCAGCAGGGGUCUCGCAGAGGACAGCAGCACUCGAAGACCUCCAGCGAAGCCUCGGAGACACCCCAGCACCAAGCUCAGCAUGGCAGGGUCGGGGGCAGAGACCCCUCCCAGCAAGAAGGCAGGCUCGCAGAAACCAGCCCCCGAGGGCCGGGAGGCCAGCCGGAAGGUCCCUCCACAGAAGCCCAGACGAAGCCCCAACACCCAGCUGUCUGUCUCCUUCGACGAGUCCUGCCCCCUGGCCCCCUCUUCUCGAGGGGGGAACCUGCCCCUUCAGCGCCUGGGUAGGGGGUCCUGCGUAGCUGGGGACCCUGAGGUGGGUGCCCAAGAGGAAGAGCCUGUGUACAUUGAGAUGGUGGGGGAUGUCUUCAGGGGAGGAGGGCGAAGCGGAGGGGGCCUGAUUGGGCCCCCUCUUGGGGGUGGGGGCCCGACCCCUCCAGCUGGUGCUGACUCAGACUCAGAAGAGAGUGAGGCCAUAUAUGAGGAGAUGAAGUACCCACUGCCUGAGGAGGCAGGGGAAGGCCGGGCUGAUGGGGGUCCUGCAUUGACAGCAACCUCCUCAUUACACCAGCCUCAUGCCCCUCAGCCCCACACCCACCGCCGUCCAGCUUCAGCCCUCCCGAGCUGGAGGGACGGGACGCCCACCAAGACCACCCCUUGUGAAAUCCCCCCACCCUUCCCCAACCUCCUCCAGCACCGUCCUCCCCUCCUGGCCUUCCCCCAAGCCAAGUCCACUUCCCGAACCCCUGGCGAUGGAGUCUCCAGGCUACCAGUCCUCUGCCACUCCAAGGAGCCAGCUGGCUCCACCCCAGCUCCCCAAGUGCCUGCCCGGGAGCAGGAGACGCCUCCCCCACCGCCUCCGCCUCCUGCUGCCAACCUGCUGCUUCUGGGACCCUCAGGCCGGGCCAGGAGCCACUCAACACCGUUGCCACCCCAGGGCUCUGGCCAGCCACGGGGAGAACGGGAGCUCCCCAAUUCCCACAGCAUGAUCUGCCCCAAGGCGGCCGGGAUCCUGGCAGCCCCUCCUGUUCCGGCUGCCUUGCUCCCCGGUCCCUCCAAGGACAAGGCUGUGUCUUACACCAUGGUAUACUCGGCAGUCAAAGUGACCACGCACUCUGUCCUGCCUGCCGGUCCGCCCCUGGGUGCUGGGGAGCCAAAGACAGAGAAGGAGAUCUCAGUCCUCCAUGGGAUGCUGUGCACCAGCUCAAGGCCCCCCAUGACCGGGAAGUCCAGCCCCCACAGCGCGGCCAUUGGCGCAGCAGCUGGGGUCCUCCACCACCGUGGCUGCCUGGCCUCCCCCCACAGCCUUCCAGACUCAACUGCAGGUCCCCUGACUCCACUCUGGACCUACCCAGCUGCAGCAGCUGGGCUCAAGAGACCCCCUGCCUAUGAGAGCCUUAAGGCUGGAGGGGUGCUGAAUAAGGGCUGUGGAAUGGGGGCCCCAGCCCCCAUGGUCAAGAUCCAGCUGCAAGAGCAAGGGACCGAUGGGGGUGCCUUUGCCAGCAUCUCCUGUGCCCACGUCAUCACCAGUGCAGGGACACCAGAGGAGGAAGAAGAGAUGGGUGCCACGACAUUUGGGUCAGGCUGGGCUCUGCAGAGGAAGGUCCUGUAUGGAGGGAGGAAGGCAAAAGAGCUGGACACAGAGAUCGAAGACAGUGCCCGGGCCUGGAAUGGCAGUGCCGAGGGUCCAGGCAAGGUGGAGCGUCAGGACAGGGGCCCUAUGGCGUCAGGAAUCCCAGUGAGGAGCCAGGGGGCAGAGGGACUGCUGGCCAGGAUCCACCACGGAGGGGAUCGUGGAGGAAGCCGCACGGCCCUACCCAUACCCUGCCAGACCUUCCCCGCCUGCCACCGCAACGGAGACUUCACUGGAGGCUACCGCCUGGGGCGUUCGGCCUCCACCUCUGGAGUCCGGCAGGCCGCGCUCCACAUGCCCCGGCCCUGCAGCCAGCCUCGGGAUGCCCCAAGCCAGAUGCCCCCUGCACUGCCCCUGCCACCCCAGCCCGCCCGCGAGCGCGAUGGCAAGCUGCUGGAGGUGAUCGAGCGCAAGCGCUGCGUGUGCAAGGAGAUCAAGGCGCGCCACCGCCCCGACCGAGGCCUCUGCAAGCAGGAGAGCAUGCCCAUCCUCCCCAGCUGGCGGCGGGGGCCUGAGCCCCGCAAGUCCGGCACCCCGCCCUGCCGCCGGCAGCACACUGUCCUCUGGGACACUGCCAUCUGAGGAGGCGGGCGGCCAGGGCACCUGGACUGGGGAGUGGGGUGGGGUUGCCUGGCUCUCGGGGGAACUUACCUUGAAUGAGGGACACUUGAAGGAGCAGGUGAGAGCAAGCCAGGGAGAACCCCUACCGGAGCCUCCCUCACCCCCCACCCCAGGAAGGGCUUCUGCCAGGCCCAUCAGCCGUCGGGCGCCAGCAGCACCUCCUGAAAUUGGGAGAGGUCUAGGAGUGUUUGCUUGAGGUUGGAAAGGAGGCCCUGGCUCUCCCCACAAGCGAGGUGGAGCCUUCCUCCUGAGACAGGAAAGGCCAAGCCAGAGGUCAGUGUGGGGGAGAAGGGGAGGGCUGGAGAGGAGGGAGGUGGAUUAAGUGAAGGAGAGGGACUAGAGAGUCAGAUAGAGGGAUUCCUUAUAGAGGUGGGAAUGGGGAGGGGAUAUUUAUUUUGUUAUUUAUUUCAGUCCAGAGAGGACAAUUUUCGGCCCUUAUGACCCGCUCUUGAACAGAGAGUGGGGACUGCUGGGCCAGUAAAAGAAACUAGUUGGCACUCUCCCCAAUGCCUAAAAGCCCCACCAUCCGUGCCCACCCGGAAGCUACAGAUUGGUCUGGAGCAGGGAGCAGUGCAGGAGAAGGGAGGGGCUCUGAGGGCCACAGCCUCAUUUACAGUAUUUACAUGUCUUCAGAAUUUGGUAGUGAGUGUGGUCUGCUCUGAAACAGGCCUCUCAUUUAGCUCUGGGGUGAGGGUCUAGCUCCAGGAAUGGGUGGGAUGAUGGGGAAGGAGGGAAAUUUUAGUGGGGGGGGCAGGCAGGGUAUUUAUUUAAAUUAAAAAAAACUCAGAAGAGAUGUCAGGAACUUUUUUUUAAUUC